AUGGGUCUGGGGCAGCACGUAGGCUCCAUUAAGCAAAAGAACAAACAACCGCCACCCUUAGACAUCUUUACACGUAGCCGCUCCAAAGAUGCCAACACGCUGCAAGGAGGACACCCACAACCAUUUAGAGCACUCUCCAAUAGAAGCAAUGAUCAACAACCUGCACCAUCGACAAGGGAUCCACAACACGGACAAGCAUGCAAGUCAAGAGAGCAGCAACCGCACCACCAUAGAGGAAUUCCAGAGAAAAAAAUCAGCAAGCACCUGAUCGUAGUGCAAGAGUUUGAGAACAUAGACGUUUCUCUACUAAAGCGGGAAUAUAGGAAAAAGGCAAUGCUCGUCCAUCCUGAUAAAAACAUGGGCAACGAGAAGGCUGCAGAAGCUUUUAAAAAGCUUCAAAAUGCAUAUGAGGUUUUACUUGACUCUCUGAAGCGAAAGGCAUAUGAUGAUGAAUUAAGGAGGAAGGAGUUGCUAAACUGUUUCCGUAGAUUUCAGACUGCCUCUCAAAAGAAUGGAAGGCAUGGUCCUUUUACCUCUGGAUUCCCCCGCUCAGAAGCUGAAGUUGAGGAUCCCUUUGGAGGGUCAAGACGAAUAGCCUGCAAAAAGUGUGGCAACUUUCAUGUUUGGGUUCACACCAAGAAAUCAAAGUCUCGAGCAAGAUGGUCCCAGGAUUGCAAGGAUUUUCAUCAGGCCAAGUACUGGAGAUCCCAAUGUUUCCACAAGAACAAAGGAAGGACCCGAGGAAUUUAA